AUGGGUUCUGGCAUCCAAGAAGACAUGGUAAAGGAUUUCGCGGGUUGGGGAGACAAUGUUACGAGCAUUAUGUCUCUUAUGGAAAAGUUCGACGUUUGGGCCUUGUUUAGACACCCACCGGCGCCAACAUACUACAAAGGCAGGCUAUGUCUUCUUGGAGAUGCGGCACAAGCUUCGACGCCCCAUGAAGAAGCUGGCGCAGGUCAGGCUAUUGAAGAUGCCUUUAUUUUAUCACACUUAUUUGGUCAAGUCCACUCUGCGGCUGAUAUUACGCAAGCUUUCAAAGCCUACGAUGCUGUACGAAGGCCACGGAGCCAACGUGUAGUAACAACAAGUAAAGAGGCUGGUUGUUUAUACGAAAUGGAGGAUGAAGAGGUUCGAAGUGAUCUGGAUAAGGCAAGGGAAAAUUUGCUAGCCCGAGUGGAUAUGGGAAAACGAUUUGAACUCACAGUUUAG